AUGAAUGUAAAUGCAAGAAGCGAAACGAACCUCAAUCCUGGAGAUAACGGCGGAAAUGAUAAUCUGGCGGAACCUAAUGCCAGUAGUAAUGCACAAGGAUCUGAUACCUCUAAUGAAAGUGAUAAUGAUAAUAGAAAUGAAAUGAACAUAUUUGAUAGAUUUAUGGAUACUAUAUUAGGUGCUAAUCGAAAUAGGGCUCAACCUCCGAUGGCUAUUCCAAUAAUAAGUGGCGCCGGAGAUAACGGCUCUACCAUGGCGUCAGCUAAUACAGAUACAUCAAAUACUGCUGAAGAAGUAGGCUCCGGAACAGAUUCGUCUAAUCCUAAUACAUUGAGCACAAGUGCUGAUGCAAAUGGUGGAGCCAUUAUUAUAACAGUUAAUUAUGUGUUCUCUGAUGAAAAUAAUCCACAGAAUCCAAACAGAUCUGGCUCAUUGGUAAUGACUUUGCCAAACAAUUCAUCUAACAGAGACCCUAGAAUAAUUCAAGAAUUUAUCAGGUUGGCUACACAGAUGGCUUAUUCCACGAUUGUUAACUUAAACAAAGAAAAGGGUAUUACUAUCGAUAAGUUUAAUUCUUUCGAUAUUAAAACAUUAGAAGAACUCUCGGAUACCUCGAAAGAAUGUUCUAUUUGUUUCGAAGAUUAUGUAGCAUUUUCCAACGGUAGUGAUAAAAAGAGAAGCAUUGUUGAAGAUUCUAAAUCUCAUGAAGACACAUUCGUAAAGAAACGAAAAUUGAACACUGAUGAUUCUGGAUCUACAAAUAAUACAUUGUCUGCAUUGCCUACAUCAUCAGAUUCCACAGGGGCUUCAUCGGCUAGUGAGAAUACGUCGAGACCAAAAUAUUUAUCUGAAUUCACUGGAUCAUUUGAACAUCUUCCUGUUCAAAUGCCUUGUGGUCAUAUAUUUGGUAAAUCUUGUUUGUUCGAGUGGUUGAAAAAUCAUAGCUCUUGCCCGUUAUGCCGAGAUUCAGUCAGCGAAUCAAAUACAAAUGAAGCUUCAUCUACUGAAGCCAAUGGCAAUGUGCAAAAUAAUCCUAAUAUUACGAUGAUGCAUGGGGUCCAUAGACCUCUGUUGUCAGAUAUUUUCAAUUCAUUUGCUAGAGAUAGAGACAGCAACACACCUGUUAGAAGAAUUUUAAGGUCAGGAAACGGAUUAGGUGAGAAUAAUUCUCCACAUACCCAUAUACAUACUCAAUCUUUCUCUCCGCAAAGGUUAGAUUCGCAAGACAAUGUUCAAGAGGGUGAAUCAAGGCAGAAUGGAGUUUUUUCGCAUCUUUUGAAUUACCUCAGGAGAACCCAACUGAAUGAAAAUUCAGAACCGCUAUUCCCAACCGGAGUUUCUAGCAGGAGAACUACGACAGGUGUUGAAACAAGACUGACUGAUAGAAUUGAUUCUGAAGACAAUGUUUUAGAGUUUAUGAAUUUGAGAAGCCUUGUUGACGAUAAUAGAAAUAAUGAUGAUGUAACUAAUGUCGCAGAAGAUAAUAGUAACGCCGACAGCCAGAAUGAUAGCUCAGAUGGCAGCAAUACCAAUAACAAUACUAGUAAUAAUGACGCUCUGAAUCAGUAA